AUGCCACCUCUAUCCAAGGAUUUGUAUUUACCAUGGUUAGAUAUGGUUGAGAGUGAAAAACAGGAUAGUUGGAGGGCCCUAGGAAUCUAUGAUGUCAUUCAAUUGUCUAGGUAUAACAUGUCUUAUAAUUUUCCUAUGAUUAUGAGUUCUCUUUUCUUCUGGGAUCGAGCAACUAGCUCUUUUCAUGUUCCUUGUGCUAUGAUUACUCCAACCCUUUUUGAUGUCGCGGCCAUUGCUGGGCUUCGACCAACUGGUCCUUCAUUUCGACCAGAUUCUCAUCCCAAAAAUCCUGAUGUAACCCCCAACUUCCAAAAGCUUUCUUACCAACUCUUCAUAACCUUGAAUAUGAAUCGAGAUGGUCCCAUUACUGAUGAGGAGCAUGUUGCUUUUCUGAUGUUUUGGCUUUCCGCAUACGUUUUUUGCUCGAGAUCGCUCCAAGUACCAAAGACACUGCUUACUUUGGCUCAAUUACUGCACGAAGAGUCUUCAAUAUGCCUUGGGAAGCUUAUCUUAGGGAAUUUGUAUGAGAAUUUAAAUGAGGCCGUAGCUUCAUUUAGGUCUAAUGACUUUCCUUCAGUCAUUAGUGGCCCCUUUUGGCUGCUUCAACUCUGGCUGAAUGCUAUUUUUGAAGAAAAAUUACAAAGCUCUGAACCACUCAAUAUUUCUCGAGAGAUUGAAGUUUCACUCUAUCAAGUGGUUGCUUAUCAACCAAAUCUGGUAGCUCGACAAUUUGGGUUGGGCCAAUUAAAACCUUCUCUCAUGUUGGAGGGGUCAAAUCUAGAUAUUCUUGAAAACGCUCGAAAGAGUAUUGAUGAUUUGAAUGAGGCUAUUAGUUUCUUUCGAAAACGUAGGACAAAAAUUUCCCCUCUUGAUUUCAAGCCUAUUUUCUACUGUACUAGCACUUUUCAAAGUUGGUGGUCUACUUAUUAUCUUCACCCUGAGAUAUCUAUCGAAGCGUGCAACCAGAAUAUGACUUCUGCUUUUUCUCUAUUUCAGAAGGGGGAUCCAAAGGCCAAGACAAGAGAUUUUAACAUCUCGAGAAAUUUUGCAGCUCUUCCAACGGAACCUUUUGUUAGUCGAUAUGACCAAGAGGAUUGGGAAGAGGAUGAGCCUCUUAAGAAAAAACAAAAAUCUUCUCGAAAGGGUUCUUCUACAACAACCCUUAAAAAGGGUUCUUCGUCUACAUCCCAAGCUGCCUCUUGGGUGUCUAAGGCUAAGGCCAUUCCCAAGGCUAAAACUCCUACCAAGCCCUAG